ACAUUUGAAUUAUUUAUAAAAGUUGACCAUGCCAACGCAUUUAACUAAUAUGUGCAACAAUUAGGAUAGUACAAAGUGUCUUAGCCUGGAUGGCAUCACAGUUGCUCCGUCAAGUCAAUAGACUCCCUCCCCCUUGCCAAAGAUCUCCUCUGUAAUUCAUAUGGGUAGACUGCCUCUCCUCAUAAGCGUCUGACCCUACCUCCCGUCUAAACUAAAUCGCUCUUUCGUCUCCCACUUAGCUGUGACAGCCAUCCUCCAAUGUGCUUACUCAGUGGCUAUCGCGAGCGGUCGUUAUUGCACCUGCUUCGGUAGUGGUCGUUUGGCAACAUCCACCCGCCACGCGCGACGAGACCACAAGUGACCAAAUUGAAGCAUCCGAAGAGAUCAUUUGGCGUCAUGGAUGUAAGGCUGCAUCUCAAGCAAAUUGCUUUUCUGUGUUUUAUCUGCUUUUUCCUAACGCCCUGUGGAUUAGCUUGUGGUCCUGGUAGAGGUCAUGGAAAACGAAGACACCCAAAGAAAUUAACCCCGUUGGCUUACAAGCAGUUCAUUCCCAAUGUUGCCGAGAAAACCCUUGGUGCCAGCGGCAAAUACGAAGGCAAAAUUACAAGGAAUUCGGAGAGAUUUAAGGAAUUGAUUCCCAAUUAUAAUCCCGACAUCAUCUUUAAAGACGAGGAAAACACAAAUGCUGACAGGCUGAUGACACAGCGCUGUAAGGACAAGUUAAAUUCAUUGGCGAUAUCUGUGAUGAACCAGUGGCCGGGUGUUAAACUGCGCGUGACAGAAGGCUGGGAUGAGGACGGUCACCACUUCGAAGAGUCACUGCACUACGAAGGACGGGCGGUGGACAUCACUACAUCAGACAGGGAUAAAAGCAAGUAUGGGAUGUUAUCAAGGCUUGCGGUGGAGGCAGGAUUUGACUGGGUCUAUUACGAAUCCAAAGCUCACAUACAUUGCUCUGUGAAAGCAGAAAACUCAGUCGCUGCUAAAUCAGGAGGAUGUUUUCCUGGAUCUAGCAAGGUGACACUCGCCGAUGGGAGGAGUACACAUAUCAAAGAUCUCAAACUGGGAGAUAAGGUUUUAGCUGCGGACGAGAAGGGAAAUAUUUUAUUCAGCGACUUUAUAAUGUUCAUGGACCACGAUCCCACAACCAGACGGCAAUUCCUCGUCAUCGAGACGUCAGAGCCUUAUAAAAAGCUCACCCUCACAGCAGCACACCUAGUUUUCAUUGGGAACGGUACAUCUACAGGUAUGACAGCGACAUUUGCCAGCAACGUGAAGCCUGGAGAUAAGCUUUUAGUUUCGGAUGGCACGCGCGAGACCCUCACGAGCGUUACAGUGAAGAGGAUAUACACUGAAGAGCAUGAGGGCUCGUACGCGCCGGUCACCGCGCUCGGAACUAUAAUAGUGGAUCAGGUGCUGGUUUCUUGCUACGCGGUUAUUGAAAAUCACAAAUGGGCGCACUGGGCUUUUGCACCGGUCCGAUUAAGUCACGCGCUGAUGACGUGGCUCUUUCCGGCUCUCGAUUCAAACGUCACAUCGCAGGAGGACGGCGUCCACUGGUACUCAAAUAUGCUCGUGCACGUUGGCUCGUGGCUGCUGGACAGAGACUCUUUCCAUCCACUGGGGAUUUCGCACUCGAGUUGAGACUGCAUUAAAUGAACAGACUCAAAUGUAUCUUUAUUUUCUGCAAGGAGCCUUAAAGUGUUCAUUAAGUAAUUUAUUUGUAUCGGAUAAUUUGUCUUUGGAAAUGUAUACACUUAUUCAAGCAUGA